AUGCUCCGUGACGAGCUGCUACGGUCCAAGCAUGAUGAGAUCGCAGGCCGACUUUUCGAUGCACGCACGCUUCCUCGCCGACCGGAACCCCCAUCCCUUCAGGUUUCUCCAACGGAUGAAAAGCUUAGCCAAGGAUCUCUAGGUACAAGUGCAGCGGAUCGCAUUACGGAUGGCCAUGCAGUUGGACUCGUUUCUUUGCCGGCUGGGAUCACAGCCCCGUCACCAAAAUUGUCUUCCGCAGGCCACCAUGGCGAACUGGAAACCCAGGAUACCUCGCGACCCCAGGAUCGAAUCCGCACUGGAGAUACGGAGUCCGUGGUAGCCCAAGCCGGUUCCGACCAAUUGCCCAUCCCUAAAACAACACUCAACGCUUCUCACGAGGCCAUACGUGAGAAGGAAGCAUCGUCACCUUCCUCGACCCAACAGACCGUUGCUGCUACUGUAACUCCUGUUACUGAUCUUGAUAUGGAUGAAGCUCCUGACAGUAGGGACAAAACUGAUAGUGGCGAAAUCCUCGCUGUGGAAAGUGUCUUACCUAUUGGCCCUGGAAAAACCGUCGCUGAGAUCCAGGGUAAUGCUACGGGUGCGUCGUCGUCCACUUUGGACGCCCUUGAAUGUCAACAUGGAAAGAACUCUGCCAAUUUGCCUUGCCUGGUUACCGAUGCUUCUCCAAAAAGUACUGACCAGCCUCUAUCUCCAGCUUCUUCCCGGGGUCAAUUAUCAAGCUCCACCUCUGUAUCUGAUAGAACUCCAGCGAGUAGCCCAGCCAAGGACCAGCCGCAACGAGAACCACAAAAUGAAGCUCCAACCCCCCCCCAGAGCGGAGGAGGCAUCUUAGGCCCUAUGGAUACCGCAGAUGUAUCAGCUGCACAUAGAGCUCCGGCCACCCCGGAUGAACAACUGAAAUUUGAAGCCGAGCAAUCGAGCAGACAACAAGCCGCAGCAGCUGUGAAAGUAACCAAAAGUGUGCCUAGUAGGGGCUCUGCGUUUUCAUCCUUCCAGCCUACUCCAGAGAAUUCAUUUUCAUCUCUAAAGAAACCACCUGACGGUUAUAAUGAAUCUAAUUUUUCUACUCAAUCCAAAACCUCCGUUGCCCCCGACGAUCGACCCAUGGUUAAUGGCUCUCUUCGACUUGAUACAGAGAGAGGUAAAUCAGAGCUACUAUCAAAGGUCCACGAAUCCAGUUCGGCGCCAGAAGGUCUUACUCUGCCAGAAGGUGCCAGUGGCUCACCACUCCCCGGUAUUGCCCGAAAAGCAUCACUCCCAGUUGGGGCGGCGCAGAAUCAAUUCCAGCCAGAGCGUAUGACAACAAGAGUUUCUUCAGGAGCAAUUCGCCACCGGUCUGUCUCUGAAAUCCUAGGGGAAACUCCUAAGUUAGCUGCGGAUAAAACUUCCGAAAAGGCUGUAUCGGAAUCACCCACGGCGACUUCUGAAAGUUCUCCGGGCCGUUCUCGUCUCAAGAACAAAAGGGAAAACCAAAAGGAGCGAAGCAAGCUCUCAACUGUAGUUUUCCCCAAGCAACAAACUGCUGCUGAGAAAAGCGAGACAGCAGACUUGGUUCGGGCUCCGUCAGGGCAUUCGAGAUCUCUGAAUGAAGAAAAGGAUUACCUCUUCACCCUUUUCCAGGCCAAAGCACACUACCCUCCCCGCAGUAUGCACCUAAGUUCUCUCCUCUCCACUGCGCACAAAACCCUUACAACCGCAAACCACUUUGUUGAGUAUCAAGAACAAAUGGGCUGUCGGUUGUUAAAACGAAUUUACCAGCUCCAGCACGCGAAUCGUUGGCCCCUUCGCCAAUUACAACGGUCUACAGAACCUGAGCGAUCAGGGACACACUGGGACAUUCUGCUGGAUCAUAUGAAAUGGAUGCGAACAGAUUUCAGAGAAGAGCGGAAAUGGAAAAUCGCCGCUGCGAAGAGAUGUGCAGAUUGGUGCGUUGAAUACGUUAAUGCUCCUGGUGAACGCAAAGUGGAGUUGCGGAUAACAGUUCGAACUCCACCCACUACUGGUAAGCUGGGUGAGAGCGGUCACAACAAGAAUGCCCCAUCGUAUAGUGACGAUAGGGUUGAUGAUGUUUUGCCUCACUCACAACCGACUCCUGAUUUAAUCAUGGAAGAUGAUUCUGUCAGCGAAGGUUUUAACGAUGAAAUCCAUCCAGAUCUAUCUGAUGGCGUUGUUCCCGCAGCGAUAUUUUCGCUUGGUUCGGAUGAGUUUACAUUUGGGAUGGAACGAACCCCGGCUUUUGAAAAAAUUCUAGAAGAGCUUCCGCUUUAUGCUCCCAUCGAUAUUUCACCAGAAACCAAUUUACCACAGUUUAAACGCCCGCCGGACUCGUCGUGGCGAAAGGAGCUGUUACCUGUUUCCAAAUUUGCUACGGGAAAAUUGGAAUUUACUAACAAACAGCCGCCUCGUAAGCGAAGCCGAUAUGAUUACUCUGAUAAUGAUGACGACGAUGUCGAUGCCAUUGAAAUCCCCCCUGAGCAAACUAAUGUUGCCCUCUUCCAGUCGCAAAAUAAGCAUAUACGUGAUCGUAUACAUCCUGGUCAGGUAUUCAGACCUCCCACCGAGUUCCUGAUGCCAUCUCUAGGAUUUUAUGAGUCACGGCAACCUUCGCAAUGGACCUGCGCUGAAGAAGACGAGCUUAGGCGAAUUGUUAAGGAGUACUCGUUUAACUGGUCGCUCAUAUCGGCUUGCUUGACUCCCUCGUCGUUAUUUACCUCGGGCGCGGAUAGGCGGACCCCCUGGGAAUGUUUUGAAAAGUGGGUUCAGCUAGAAGGGCUUCCUACGGAGAUGCUGAAGACUCCGUACUUUAGAGCAUACACCUCUAGAGUGGAGUCGGCGCAGCGGACUGUCCUUGCAGCUCAACAACUGCAGCAACAACAGCAGCAGGCACAAGCGCAAGCGCAGGCGCAGCCCCAGCAGCAGGGUAGCAAUCCACCACCAACACCAACGGCAAUUCUUCGGAGACGGCCUACGACACCCAUGAGAGUGGAACGGAAGAGGUCCUCCAGACACUUAGCGCUCCUUGAUGGCAUGAGGAAAUUAUCUAAGAAACGGGAAACCUUGCUUCAGAAACAGCAGCAUGCUACCCAUUUGGCAGCUUCACGAAAGCUUAAUGAAGUGAACCAACCACGACCACCAAUAUCGACUCCAGCAGAAUUCAGUCGUUUAAAACAUGAGAGGGAGUUGAAGAUUCAGGAGACCCAGGAACAAUAUAAGCAGGCGAUGAUAGCACAGCGAAUGGCGAUGGCGCAACGCGUUGCACAGCAGCAGCAAGCACAGCAUCAGCAGCAGGCCCAGCAGCUCCAGCAGGCUCAACAGCAGGCUCAACAGCAACACCGGCAAAUGCCGAACCAGCAAGCCUUGGUAAAUGGGGUGCCUCCACGAACUACUGCUAGUGCGCCUCCGAAUGGCGUUAUCCAGGCAAUUCCUACCCCAUCUGGUCUUCCUAAUGGUCUGCCAGCCACUGCAGCAAUGCCCCAAUCUCGACCCCACCCUGGCAUGCAGCUGCCAAAUGGUGUUCAGGUCAAUGGCAUUCCAAAUGCAAGCAUGGGACUGAAGAUGAUACCUCAGCCUGGCAUCCCGCCGGCAAUGAAUGGGCGUCCAGGCAUACCUACCCAAGGGUCUCCGGACAAUGCGCGUAUCAUCCGUGAAGCCAGUCGCGUACAAGAAGAGCAGCAACGUAUGGUACAGUCACGCCAACAGCUUCAGAAUCAACAACAAUCAUUCAUCUCUCAAGGACCUCCUCAUUCCUCUAACAUGAACAUUGGAAAUAUGAACGUUAACCCCAAUAAUCCUACAAUGCUAUCAUUCCAAGCCGCGAGCGGCGCCAACAGCCCUUCUUUCCAUGCUCCCUCUCUUGCUCAGGGGGUCUCUACUCCGUCCCCUCGACUCAACCAUGCAAACGUUCUCGCAACCGCCGCUGCAGGGCUCCCGACUCUAGCCAGCAUCCAAAACACCAUCCAGCGAACCAACCCAAACAUGUCCCAGGAGCAAAUCACCAAACUAGCUACCGAAAGGCUCCAACACAUUCAACAACAGCGUAUGUCCCAGGCAGCUAUGAACGCAGCCACCGGAAACAUGAGCUCCAUGCAGACUAGCUACCAAAUGCACCAUGAUGGCAACAUGCACCAACUGGCACACGCGAACAUGCCGAAUGGCGGCUCGCCAGCUUCGAUGCAAACGCACCAGACGCAGGGAUACUCGCCGCUGAUGCGCGUGGCACAGCCUGUGCAGCAGCCGAACCGGAUGGGCGUGAAUGGAUCGCCAGCAAUGAACGCGGCCAUGGCUGUUCAGCAGGGCCGAAGUGCGACGGCACAGACACAUCGGAGUGCAAGUGGGCCCGGGUCCGGCCCGGGUGCGGGUCAAGCUUCAAACCCAGGGCAAGGUCCUGGUGUAGGUCCUGUUGCGGGGAAGAGCCCACGGCCGCCACAAGCGCAGAUGGCAUCGAGUUGA